AUGCACUCUCCUUGCUUCCAUGUAGCUAUAGUUGGCGCUGGCCUGGGAGGGUUGGCUGCUGCCAUUGGCAUCGCUCGAGCAGGCCACAGAGUCACCAUUUUGGAGCAACAGGCGGACAUUCAAGAGGUUGGUGCGGGUAUACAGAUCCCUCCCAAUGCUUCGUACAUUCUUCAGAAAUGGGGGCUCCUGGCCGAGGUCGAGCGUGUGUCCGUUCGACCGAGGGAUUUCAUUGUCAGGUCUUACCAGACAGGCAAGGUGCUUUGUGUCCAGAAUGCUUUUCCCUAUACCUUUGAACGAUACGGCCUCCCGUACCUGCACAUCCAUCGUGCAGACUACCACCGCAUUCUUCUCCACGAGGCAGAGAGUCUCGGUGUCGAUAUCCGCUUAGAUAGCACUGUUUUCGACAUCAACUUUGAGGCUCCCGCCGUUCGGUUGCUGGGUAAGCCUGACUUCCAUGCCGAUGUGGUAAUUGGUGCUGAUGGGCUUCGGUCCGUCUGCCGUGAGGCCAUGCUGGGUCAUGCUGCCCCCCCUCAUCUGACUGGAGACAUGGCAUAUCGCAUCAUUGUGCGAGGAGAGGACCUAAGGCAGCACCCUGAACUCGCCGAGCUUGCGGAUAGACCGGGCAUGACUCAUUGGGUAGGUCCAAAUGGACAUGUAGUCUGCUACUCUCUGAAAGGUGGAGAGUUACUCAACGUCGUCCUGGUAUGUCCUGAUGAUCUACCGGAGACAGUAAACCUUGCCAACGCAGGCUUGGACGAGAUGAGAACCUUCUUUCGGAAUUGGGAUCCGCGGCUAAGAUCACUUCUUCGCCUUGUAAAGAAGACGCAGAAGUGGCGGCUGCGGGUUAGUGAAGAGAUGGGCUCGUGGUCUCAUCCUAGUGGGAACUUCGUCUUGCUGGGUGAUGCUUGUCAUGCUACUCUCCCCUAUCUUGCCCAAGGAGCCGCACAGGCUAUCGAAGACGGAGCAGCUCUCGGUACCCUCUUCAAAAAGAUCAAGAGUAGCUCUCAACUGCGAGAUCUCUUCUGGAUAUAUGAAUCCAGCCGGAAAGAGCGUACUACCAGGGUUAUCCAGAGCAGCACUGCACUGCGAGAUAUAUUCCAUAUGCGAGACGGCCCAGGUCAGCGGAAUCGGGAUAUUAAACUUCACCAGAGAAGCCCCUUUGAGCCGUACCCCAUUCCAUGGAUCGAUGCUAAAUUCCAGGCGUAUCUUUUUAGUUAUGACGCUUUCUCGGAAGCAUCCAAGGCCUGGGACAGGUAUAUGAAUGGAGAAAAUUCCGUUCCAAAGUCAAAAGUUCAUGCCCAUUUAUAA